AUGAUACGCUCUUCUGCACAAAUCCGGGCUGCGUUGGCCUUUCUCAAUCAUUCAAAUUGUGGUGAAAUCAAGCUGAACUCAACAAUAGUGUUGACAUGGGGCUGCUGGCUGGGUGCCAACGUGGUAGAAGAGCCAGAAGGAGAUCGCAAGGUCGAACGGAGGGGUGCGGGGUAUUUUGAUAAUGCGCUUCGGAGGGUCGAAGGAGCAGCUGUCGCGUUGAGAUCAUAUGGUCAAUCUCGACUUUCUCCUCGACCCUCUUGCUUCUUCCUGCUUCGCUCUUAUCGUCGUAGUCUUCCCUCCUACUCCUCCCUGGUCAAACCUCCUUCCCCAUCGAAAUUCGGUGAACCGUCGAACCGCAACAACAUACGAAGCCAGUGGUUGAAAAAUGACAACAAAAUGUCAUUGGGGAGCUACGCUAUCAGCUGGAUUGUCUGGCGGUCGCUUCAUAUGGGCACGAAGAGUAGACGGCGGCAGAGUUUCGUGAUGGGUCUACUUAUCUUCCGUGCUUCCGUGUGGGAUUUUGCCUCUGGAUUACUUCCGUAUGCCCAAGCGUACAGGCAGAACUGCUUAUGGAUGACAAAGAGGACUAGGAUGGUGGACAUCCUCAUGUUCAAGGCUUCAAGUGAUUAUGUAGCCUGGCUCUCCGUGGAUCAUCCGAACGUGAAGCCGAUGCUUCCGGGAAAUGGCUCGGGAUCGUUGGGUCGUUGGAAACGAACGCCCCAAGGGCCAGGGACCGACUCCAUAACUGACAUAGUACCUUUUAUGUUCAGUGUGAAGAUACGUCUUGGGGCUAUCCGCCAACUCCGAACUAAAGCUGGCACUGUCGCUGCCAAACCUAUCGAUCAGGCGCACGACCAAAUGGAUCCAUUCCGAUCCUCUAGCGCACUCAGCGUUCCUCAACCGACGAUUGAGAUUCCGCUUGAUGAGUUAUUGAGAGGGAUGGAUGGGUUUGACGGUAUGGAAGGUAUGGAGGGCUUGGACGGCGGAGACGACAUGGAUGGCCUCCUUAAUCAUUUGCACCUGUUGUUCAACCAAUUUACUCAAACUACGACAACGGCGUCGUCGUCGACUCCCCCGUUGUUCGGUACCACCUCCUUAGUUCCACCGUCCAAAAACCCCAACGCGAACGAUUUCGAUGGGGAAGAUGAAAGCCAAGACGUAGAGAUGUUCGAUCAUUCCUCUUCCGCUUAUCACCCCUUGAUCUUUGACGACAAUCCCAAUAACGAACAUAUCUCUUCGUUUGAUUGUGACCUCAACUCUGCUGAACCUAUCCAAGUUCCCAUCCCAACUGUAUCCGGAGACUCGUUGCGUGUGCUGUUUGGGGAUCCUCCCAGUGGUCGUUCGGAUGGCCGUUUAUUAACUCCAUUCGAGGAGGCUCUGAGUUUCAGUGGCCAGCAAGGUCGUUUGAGUCGGCUUAGCAGUCCCACUAGCCGCAGUAGCCAUCACACCCAUCUUUCCAACCACAAAGAUGACGCAGGGUUCAGUGUGGACGUCGAUGUUGAAUCGGACAACUCAGACUCCGAGUCCGACUCUAGCGAGUCUGUCGAGUUGACGAUGUCUUCCACGACCACGAUGACGUUAAGCAGUGCUCAACACAGUACUGAGUUCGUUUAUUCCGGUGCUGGCUCCGUAGGGGGAGUGAAAAAGAAACUCUGUGGUAUCGAGCUUAUGCCUAUUAGCCCGCAGUCCAUUGGCACCAUGGUGACAACACCGUCUCCUGUCCCUGGUGCUGUGGAUAGCUUUGCCUCAGGAAACGAGCUUCAACAUCAAUACAACCAGUAUCAAAACUCGCCAACUUCUGUUUCUGAAGGUGCAACAUCGGAGCGCCGCGGAGGUUCCGAGGCGUUUCAACCACAGUUACGGGUGAAGGAAGGAUUCCGGAGGCCUAUCAAAAGGAUGCAAGGAUAGAAGAAAACUUCCGUACAUUCGAGGAUGGAUUUUCCUUUGAGAGUAUUUUCCAGAGAGACUGGCGGGAGACGCGAGUGAGACCCAGCGUUGAAGGACUGCUGGGAGCAGAAGGGUUGAGGACAAGAUUGGAUGAGAAUCUGCCUAUGAAUUUUGUUGCUCAUGGGAGGAAAGGCUCGCCAGUGAUGUCAAACUCAGGAGCUUCUCGUUCUUCUGCAAUGUCGAUGCGUCACAGCCCGGGGCACGGGGGUUGAUUCGUCGGUCUAGCCCACCAUCAACAAUAUAAUCGUUGUGGAUGCCAUUCCUUCCAUAUCUGGAGGUUCAUCUUCGCGUGGAAAGAGGAAAGCUGCUGUGGAAAGCGAUGAUGAAGUUGUUUUCGUGGAAGGUCCCAGUGCUGCACCGAUGAAAGGGGGGAAGAAGGCCAAGCCAACGAA